UACUACUACUACUGUAAUUUACCAACAAGUCUUCAAAAAUAAAAAAAUUCUCUUCAAUGGCCAAACUUUGCAAUGAUGAAGUGGCUAUUGUAAUGAUACCAUUACCAGCACAAGGCCAUUUAAACCAACUCCUCCACCUCACCCGCCUUAUCUCCACCUAUCACCUCCCUCUCCACUUCACCGGAACCACCGUGCACCUCCACCAAGCAAGGACACGUGUCCAAGGAUGGGACCCACUUUCCAUAUCCAACAUUAAAUUCCACGAAUUCCCAACACCAUGUUACGAAAAUCCACCACCUAAUCCGAAUUCCACCACUAAAUUCCCUUCCCAAUUAAUGCCUUCUUUUCAUGCCACGUGUCAUCUACGUCAUCCAAUUACUUCUCUUUUACGUGAACUAUCGUGUAGUAACAAAAGAGUGAUUGUUAUUUACGAUUCUUUAAUAGCAUGGGUACUUCAAGAUGCUCCUAAUAUACCAAAUGUUGAAUGUUAUAGCUUUCGUAGUCUCUCAGCUUUUACUAUUCAUUCUUGGAAUAAACCUAACUCUGUUGAGGAAAAUGAUGGAUUUUUGAAAAACCUUCCAUCUAUGAAAGAUAGUUUAACGCUAGAGUUUUUAGAAUAUUCCAAAGUACAAAGGGAGUACAGAAAAAAUGUUAGUUCUGGUGAUUUAUACAAUUCUUGCUAUGAAAUUGAAGGAUUGUAUCUUGAUUUAUUAUCAAAAGGAAAUAGUACAGGUCAUAAACAAUGGGCUAUUGGUCCAUUAAACCCAGUGAAACCGUUUGCCAGAAAAGAAUCAAGAAAAUCCAGUAUAUGUAUAGAUUGGCUGGAUAAACAAGAACCAAAUUCUGUCAUAUUUGUGUCUUUUGGAACAACAACUUCACUUUCAGAUGAAGAAAUUAAAGAAUUGGCAAUUGGGUUGGAGAAAAGUCAGCAAAAAUUCAUAUGGGUGUUGAGAGAUGCAGAUAAAGGUGACAUUUUUAAUGGAAAAAGUAGAAAAAUUGAGUUACCAAAAGGGUACGAAGAAAGAGUGGGAAAAAGAGGACUAAUAGUAAGAGAUUGGGCCCCACAAUUGGAAAUAUUGGGACACGUGUCGACAGGUGGGUUUAUGAGUCAUUGCGGGUGGAAUUCAUGUAUGGAGAGUAUAUCAAUGGGAGUGCCAAUAGUUGCUUGGCCAAUGCAUUCAGAUCAACCAACAAAUGCUUUUUUGGUAACUGAGGUGUUGAAAAUUGGAGUAGUGUUGAAGGAUUGGGCAAAGAGGGAUGAGUUGGUUAGUUCAGUUGAAGUUGAAAAAUGUGUUAAGAGAUUGAUGGUUUCUGAAGAAGGAGAUGAGAUGAGAAAAAAGGCUAUGGAGUUGAGUAAAUCUGUGGUGGAUGGUGGUGGCAGUGGCAAAGAGAUGGACUCUUUCAUUGCCCAUAUCACAAGAUAAAAAAAAAAAAAAAAUUAAAGUUUAUGGUAUGUACUUAGGAGUUUUGUUUGUGCUUUGUCAUGGUUAAAUGAACAAGCACAAGGGUCAAACUUUUUUGCUUUCCUUAAUAGUUGGCGGCCGCCAAGCAAUCAGAAAGCAGUGUGGCAUAGUCAAAUACAUGCAUUAUUUUUGAACGAUUAUGUUAAAGAGUCCAAAUCAAAGAAAUCAAAGUAUUAGUUUUGAAAAGAUAAUUCUUGACCUUUUAUUUCUGGAAGACGUUGAUUAAGUGGGCGUUUGGACAUGUA